AUGAAGUUGACCGUUCUAUUCGCCGGGCUUGUCUCGGCCCAGAUACCUGCAUUCGCACCUCCCGGGCCUGACGAUGUCCGAGGACCCUGCCCAGGCUUGAACAUGUUGGCCAAUCACGGUCUUCUACCACGAAGUGGGAAGAACAUCACUCAGGCCGACCUCGUCACUGCGAUGCGCCAGGGGAUGAAUCAAGACGAAAGCCUCUCUGUCCUGCUCUUCCGGGCAGCGGUGCAGACGAACCCGACCAAAGACAAUGCCACUUUCUCCUUGCCUGACCUCGGCCAUGCAUUCUUCGGGGACCCGAUUCCCUUCAACCAGACAAUAUUCGAUGAGACGCUUGCUCAGUGGACAGAAGACACCAUCAGCGUCAACGCAUCCGCCAAAGGCCGUGCCGCUCGCAUCCGUACCUCCAACGCGACGAACCCCGAGUUCAGCCUCUCUCGGCUCGCUCAAGCCUUCACCACCGGCGAGUCCGUGGCGUUCAUCAUGGUCUUCGGGGAUGUGCAGACUGGCGUCGCGCCUAAAGCUCCCGUGCAAUUCUUUUUUGAGAACGAGCAAUUUCCUCCCGGGUACGCACCGCCGGCGAAUGUGGUGACCAGUACAAAUCUGCAGGACCUCUCCCAGAGACUUGGCCAAGCGCUGGUGGCGGAAGGCGUCGAUAUUAGUAACCUGACCGGACCAAGACGGCGGGAUGUUCAUGGGAGCUUGUGGUAG